CACGUAGUAACUGCUUGCUUGUGUUGCCAUGGGAACAUUUUGAGCGUCUCACAGGAGCUGACUUUCUUUCGCUAACUUUCAUCCAAACUGACCAUAAAGACUCAUUUCCUCCUGACUGCGGGUUAUCAGAGUGAAAUAAGAGAUGCCCCCCAAAAAAGGCUCCAGUAAGAAGCCUCCCAAGGUGAAGACCCCCACACUGAUAGACGGCCUCAACAAGGACGAGAUGACCAAAGAGCAGAUUCAGGAGCACAUAGUGCGCCUUCGAGAGGAGCUGGAUCGAGAGAGGGAGGAGAGGAACUACUUUCAGCUGGAAAGGGACAAGCUUCACACGUUUCGGGAGAACACAGAGAGAGAGCUGGAGGAGGCCAAAGCGGAGCUGAAAAACGUACAGAGGGACAUAGAGGAGGACGAGAGACGCCACCAAGUAGAGAUCAAGGUGUACAAGCAGAAGAUGAAGCACGUCCUGUGUGAGCAUCAGAACACCAUCGCUGAGUUAAAGGCAGAUGCUUUGGUGUCCACUGAGGCUGUUCAAGAAGAGCAACAACAACUAGAGUCUGGGCUUCAUCAGGAAAUGAGGACCAUCAUGGCGAACAUGCAGGAACUCGACAUUGAAAGCCUCAUCAAGGAGCUUGAACAGAAACACGACAAAGACAUGACUGAAACGAGGAACCGCUUGCAGGAGCAGCUUCGGGACACUAAAGCCAAGCAUCAGACGAAGAUUGAGCUGCUGAAACAAGACCUGAAGAAGGGGAGGAGGAAGGAGAUCAUUGAGAGACAGGAUCAGUGGAAUUGCCACGUGAACAAUCUCAAAGAAGACCACAACAAAGCCAUCGCUGAGAUUGAUACGCUCGUGAAGAGUUUCCAUUUCGACAAAUCGAUCCAUAAGACUACGAAGGAGUUAGAGGACACUGUGGAGAGGACGAAGGAGUGCAUGGCCUCUGCUUUAGAGGAGAACAAACAUCUCACUGAGGACGUCUCCAAAAUCAACACUGAAGUUACUGCGAUGGAAAGAAAAAUGAAGUUUCGUACCGUGACAGAGAACAACACUGAGAGGAUCAGAACCAAGGAGCUGCAUGAACUGAAACAGAAACAUGAGGCACUGAAACAGAACUUCAGCAAGCUUCAGCUUGAGAGGGACGAGCUGUACGAGACAUUCACUCAGAGUGUUCAAGAGGCGCAGCAGAACGCCGGUCUGAAGGGCGAGCUGCUGGAGGGGAAGAUAAGCUCCAUGGCAGAGCGCCUGGAGGACACGCAGACUCAGCUGGACUUGGUGAUCUCUGCCUCUAACAUGGACCAAACCGCCGUACAGGAGCUCAUGAACCAAAUCGGGGAAAGUCUUGACUCCCUUAAUGAUACCAUCAAAGACUUGCAGCAUAAAAAAGCUCUCAUUUCUAAGGCCCGGAAGGAUGUGGUGCUGCACUUUGAAGCAACGCAGAGAGCUCUCGGUGUCCCCGUGCAGGAGCUCCGUGUUGAGCCUGACGCCUGACGGAAGCAGUCCAGCUCGGAAGAACCUGGAAUAGGAAGUGGGUUUUGGCUUUUCCCUCUAACAUUUACACUCAAGCCCCACAACAUGAUCACAUAUAAAACUUUCAUUCAAAUCAUACUUUCAUUGAAUGUAAGCGUUGAGUUACAGUUCCCCAAAUCUCCACUGGAGUCAUUCUUCAUAAGGCCCCAUUUAAUAUUCUGAACUUUACAGCAGAAAUAAAACAUGUUGACAGCCUGAUACAAAAACAAA